AUGAGAAGACCGGAGCUGCUGGCUUUGGGCGGGCAAAUUGACCUGGAUCUGCCACAGAGAGCGAGGUCCCCCCCAGGUAAGGUGGAAGCUGCAGUGAUGGCUGCCAUCGACGCCGGGUACCGCCACUUUGACUGUGCCUAUGUGUACCAGAAUGAAAAUGAAGUUGGGGAUGGGAUCCAGCAGAAAAUCAAGGAUCAUUGUCAGCAAGGUAAGGAUCUGAUGGUUUUGGAUCACGGACAGCUGUGGUGUACAUUUCAUGACAAGCCUCUGGUGAAGGGAGCCUGCCAGAAGACUCUUGCUGACCUGAAACUGGAUUACCUGGACCUCUACCUCAUGCACUGGCCUUUUGGUUUGAAGGCAGGAGAGGAGCUGUUUCCCACAGAUGACAAAGGCAUGUCAAUACCCAGCAACACAGAUAUUCUACAUACAUGGGAGGCCAUGGAAGAGCUGGUGGAUGCUGGUCUGGUAAAAGCUAUUGGUAUCUCCAACUUUAACCGUGAGCAGACUGAAAGAAUCUUGAACAAGCCGGGACUGAAGCAUAAGCCAGCAAAUAAUCAGAUCGAGUGUCACCCAUACCUUUCCCAGGAAAAGCUUAUCAACUAUUGCCAAUCCAAAGGGAUCACUGUGACAGCAUAUUGUCCCCUUGGGCGCCCUGACAGGGCUAAGCCAGAGGAGCCUUCCCUUCUGGAUGACCCCAAGAUCAAAGAGAUCGCAGCCAAGCACAACAAAACCCCAGCACAGGUUCUCCUUCGCUUCCAGAUCCAGAGAAAUGUGAUUGCGAUUCCCAAGUCUGUCACACCACAGCGCAUUGUGGAGAACUUCAAGGUGUUUGACUUUGAAUUGACUAAAGAGGAGAUGUCAACCCUUCUCAGCUUAAACAAAAACUGGAGGAUCUGUGAAAUGAUCACGUGCAAAAAUCACAAGGAGUACCCUUUCAAUGCAGAAUACUGAAGAUAGUUUUAUCCUGCCCUCCUACAGGCCUCUGGGGUCUAAUGAGCUUCUACUGUUGCCUAGAGCUGUCCACUACGUAGCAUGCACACUGUACCUCUCCUG